GACGAUUCUUUUGCUUAUAUGGACUCUGCGAUGACAAAAAACAAAUAUUCUGUUCUUUUACCUACCUAUAAUGAGCGCGAAAACUUGCCCAUCAUCACCUGGUUGUUGGCUAGAACCUUUGAGACCAACGGGAUCGACUGGGAAAUUGUGAUUAUUGAUGAUGGUAGUCCAGAUGGAACCCAAGAAGUUGCCAGAGAGCUUCAAAAAGUAUAUGGAGAACGCAUUCUCUUGAAGCCUAGAGCAGGCAAAUUAGGACUUGGAACCGCUUACGUUCAUGGACUUCAAUUUGCUACUGGCAAUUACGUGAUUAUUAUGGAUGCCGACUUUUCUCAUCAUCCCAAGUUUAUUCCAGAAAUGAUUCAAAUGCAAGCCAAGAACAAUUAUGAUGUAGUGAGUGGGACACGUUACAGACCUGGAGGAGGUGUCUAUGGAUGGGACUUAAAGCGCAAGCUGGUCAGUCGCGGAGCUAAUUACUUGGCUACCCUUUUGUUGCGUCCUCGAGCAUCUGACCUUACAGGAAGUUUCCGACUGUACAAGCGUGAAGUAUUGCAUCAAUUGAUAAACGCGACAGUGGCCAAGGGAUAUGUAUUUCAGAUGGAGAUGAUUGUGCGUGCAAGACAGUUCAAUUACUCAGUUGGAGAAGUGCCAAUUACAUUUGUUGACCGCGUGUAUGGCGAAAGUAAGAUGGGCAUGUCUGAAAUCGUUCAGUAUGCUCAGGGUGUAUGGCGUUUAUUCACCACUGUAUAAACUUUCUCUACCUCUUCAAAUUUACAUAAAACAUCUUUAUUUAUUUU